GGGUUCGCUCAUCUUCACCAAAGUAAAAGCGAACAACUAAAAAACCUUCUCUUAUAUGAUAUUUCAGAGCGUCAAGCUCUGAAUAAUAUAAAAAAAAUUGUGGCCAAAAGUGGAUACCACAGUGAUGAGAUAUUGGAAACGGAUGAUGAACUUGCCGAUGAUGAAUGA